CGCUGGGGGGCGCAUGCGCAGCCCGUGCUAGUGAUGGAGGAGAGAAGAUGGCGGAAGCGGAAUUUAAAGACCACAGUACAACAAUGGAUAAUGAACCAAACCCUGGAGCAUCUUCUGUGUCGACAACAACCAGUAGCACAACAACCACCACCAUCACCACUUCCUCUUCUCGAAUGCAGCAACCACAGAUUUCUGUCUACAGCGGUUCAGACCGACAUGCUGUACAGGUAAUUCAACAGGCAUUGCAUCGCCCCCCCAGCUCAGCUGCUCAGUAUCUUCAGCAAAUGUAUGCAGCUCAACAGCAGCACUUGAUGCUGCACACUGCAGCUCUUCAGCAGCAACAUUUAAGCAGUUCCCAGCUCCAGAGCCUUGCUGCUGUUCAGGCAAGUUUAUCCAGUGGAAGACCAUCUACAUCCCCCACAGGAAGUGUCACACAACAGUCAAGUAUGUCCCAGACAUCUAUCAACCUCUCCACUUCUCCUACACCUGCACAGUUAAUAAGCCGUUCCCAGGCUUCCAGUUCUACCAGCGGCAGUAUUACCCAACAGACUAUGUUAUUAGGGAGUACCUCCCCUACUCUAACGGCGAGCCAAGCUCAAAUGUAUCUCCGAGCUCAAAUGCUGAUUUUCACACCCGCUACCACUGUGGCUGCUGUACAGUCUGACAUUCCUGUUGUCUCGUCGUCAUCGUCAUCUUCCUGUCAGUCUGCAGCUACUCAGGUUCAGAAUUUAACAUUACGCAGCCAGAAGUUGGGUGUGUUAUCUAGCUCACAGAAUGGUCCACCAAAAAGCACUAGUCAAACUCAGUCAUUGACAAUUUGCCAUAACAAAACAACAGUGACCAGUUCUAAAAUCAGCCAACGAGAUCCUUCUCCAGAAAGUAAUAAGAAAGGAGAAAGUCCAAGUCUGGAAUCACGAAGCACAGCUGUCACCAGGACAUCAAGUAUUCACCAGUUAAUAGCACCAGCUUCAUAUUCUCCAAUUCAGCCUCAUUCUCUAAUAAAACAUCAACAGAUUCCUCUUCAUUCACCACCUCCCAAGGUUUCCCAUCAUCAGCUGAUAUUACAACAACAGCAGCAGAUUCAACCAAUCACACUUCAGAAUCCAACUCAAGAUCCACCCCCAUCCCAGCACUGUAUACCACUCCCAAACCAUGGCCUUCCUCCAGCUCCCAGUAAUGCCCAGUCACAGCAUUGUUCACCAAUUCAAAGCCAUCCCCCUCCUCUAACCGUGUCUCCCAACCAGUCACAGUCAGCACAGCAGUCUGUGGUAGUGUCUCCUCCACCACCUCAUUCACCAAGUCAGUCUCCUACUAUAAUUAUUCAUCCACAAGCACUUAUUCAACCACACCCUCUUGUGUCAUCAGCUCUUCAGCCAGGGACAAAUUUGCAGCAGUCUACUGCUAAUCAGGUACAACCCACAGCACAGUUGAAUCUUCCAUCCCAUCUUCCACUCCCAGCUUCUCCAGUUGUACACAUUGGCCCAGUUCAGCAAUCUGCCUUGGUGUCCCCAGGUCAGCAGAUUGUGUCUCCAGCAUCACACCAGCAAUAUUCAACCCUACAAUCCUCUCCAAUCCCAAUUGCAACCCCUCCACAGAUGUCAGCAUCUCCUCCAGCUCAGAUUCCACCACUGCCCUUGCAGUCUAUGCAGUCUUUACAAGUGCAGCCUGAAAUUCUAUCCCAGGGCCAGGUUUUGGUGCAGAAUGCUUUGGUGUCAGAAGAGGAGCUUCCAGCUGCAGAAGCUUUGGUCCAGUUGCCAUUUCAGACUCUUCCUCCUCCACAGACUGUUGCGGUAAACCUACAAGUACAACCACCAGCACCUGUUGAUCCACCAGUGGGAAUGCAUUUGAACCAGUGUCAUCUGCACAAAGUUUUUUCUCUUAAGGUUUAUCAAGUAGAAGAUGUGUGUGAAGAAGAAAUGCCAGAAGAGUCAGAUGAAUGUGUCCGGAUGGAUAGAACCCCACCACCACCCACGUUGUCUCCAGCAGCUAUAACUGUGGGAAGAGGAGAAGAUCUGACUUCUGAACAUCCUUUGUUAGAGGAAGUGGAAUUACCUGCAGUGGCAUCAGUCAGUGCUUCAGUAAUUAAAUCACCAUCAGAUCCUUCACACGUUUCUAUUCCUCCACCUCCACUCUUACUUCCAGCUGCUACCACAAGGAGUAAUAGUACAUCUACGCCCAGUAGCAUUCCAAACACAGAAAAUAAGCCUCCACAGGCUAUUGUUAAACCACAGAUCUUGACUCAUGUUAUUGAAGGCUUUGUGAUUCAAGAAGGAUUAGAGCCAUUUCCUGUGAGCCGUUCAUCUUUGCUAAUAGAACAACCUGUGAAAAAAAGGCCUCUUUUGGAUAAUCAGGUGAUAAAUUCUGUUUGUGUUCAGCCAGAGAUACAGAAUAAUACAAAGCAUGCAGAUAAUUCUUCAGACACAGAGAUGGAAGACAUGAUUGCUGAAGAGACUUUAGAAGAAAUGGACAGUGAGUUGCUCAAGUGUGAAUUCUGUGGGAAAAUGGGAUAUGCUAAUGAAUUUUUACGGUCAAAACGAUUCUGCACUAUGUCAUGUGCCAAAAGGUACAAUGUUAGCUGUUCUAAAAAAUUUGCACUUAGUCGUUGGAAUCGUAAACCUGAUAAUCAAAGCCUUGGGCAUCGUGGUCGUCGUCCAAGUGGCCCUGAUGGGGCAGCAAGAGAACAUAUCCUUAGGCAGCUUCCAAUUACUUAUCCAUCUGCAGAAGAAGACUUGGCUUCUCAUGAAGAUUCUGUACCAUCUGCUAUGACAACUCGUUUGCGCAGGCAGAGUGAGCGGGAGAGAGAACGUGAGCUUCGAGAAGUAAGAAUUAGGAAAAUGCCCGAGAACAGUGACUUGUUACCAGUUACACAGACAGAGCCCUCUAUAUGGACAGUUGAUGAUGUCUGGGCCUUCAUCCAUUCUUUACCUGGUUGUCAGGAUAUUGCAGACGAGUUCAGGGCACAAGAGAUUGAUGGACAGGCCCUUCUCUUGUUAAAAGAAGACCAUCUCAUGAGUGCAAUGAAUAUCAAGCUAGGCCCAGCCCUGAAGAUCUGUGCACGCAUCAACUCUCUGAAGGAAUCUUAACAAGAACAAUAAGGCUUUGAUAUAACACCAGUUUUACUCUUUUUAAACAGACUUGUAAGGUAAAGGCCUAAGUUGGCCUAGAAUAUUACACUUAUGAUAGAUGGCCAAGCACACUGGGAACUCCACAUUAAGUGUUGACAUUUCUUCUACAAUAUAAUUAUUCAUCAUACAUUUUCAUGAUUAGUCAACAUUGGUAAAAUUGAUUUUACAAGUUACAUUGAAAAAGCUGCUAUAAAGGGCCAUGGUAUUUUUCAAAGAAACAUGUUAUGCUAGAUAAUUUUUAAAAGUGAUGUUUAUCAUUAAUAUAAAGAAUUCUUUUGAAAGUAACUUGAUGAUUUACACUUCUCUUUUGAUUCACUUUUCUCAUACAUUUUUGUACUCUAUUCAUUCUCUAAAGGUUGUCAUAAAGAUAUGGAAUAAUUUAGGAGUCCAAUGAUGGGAUCAUAUGCAUUGAAAUAUCAGUUUGCAUUCUUAAAAAUGUCUUUUAACAAAUGCUCUAAGAAAGGAUUGUGUUCUAGCAUAAAUGAUACUGAUCUGGAGGUCAAAAGAGUUGAUUUCUAUUUCAGAUAAUUUGGCUUGCCUGACAAGUUUUCCUCUCAAGAGUUUGUACAUUUAGACCUGUGCCUCUUGAUAGAGAUUGGUUUGUUCUCCAGAGAACAUUUGCCAACAUCUAAAAACAUUUUGAUUGUCACAGAUCAGAACUGAGUUUGGGUGAGGUUGCUACUGAUGUCUAGUAGGAGGCCAGAAAUGUUACAAAAUGUCUUACAAUGUAUAGAACAGCCCACCACAACAAAGAAUUAUCUAGUAAAAAAUGCCACUAGUGCCAAGGUUGAGCAGCGCUGAUGAGGAAGGAAUAAAAAAUGUUAAUUCUUUCACUCAAAGGAACAUUUUAAAGAGAUGGUUCAUAAUGAGGAAACGUGUAAUGGAAGUAUUAUUCAUAUAGCAUUAAUGUUAUGAAGUAUUUUUCCAGUUUAUUAAGCAUAAUAGAAAAAGGAGAUAAAUCCAUAAAAUUGGUCUAUCAAAUAAAGACUAGCUUACAAUUUGACACUCAGUACUGAUUCAUAUUAGUUAUCUUUCUUAUCUUUGUGCUGCACACUGAUGAAGGCAUAAUAUAAUUACACUUAAGUACCAGGGCACCAUUUUCUGGCAAGGAAGUUUUGGGUGGAUAUGUGAUUGCACUUUGGAUUUCUUCUAGUAUUGAACAUGCACAUUCCUUUUUCCUUUACUAAAUCUUUGCAUGCUUCCUGCAGAAUACUUACCAAGUGAUUUCUCUUGGAUGAUCAGAUCUAACUUAAAAAAACUAUGAAGCAAAACUUUUCCACUAACUUUUCAGUUAGUUUUCUAUAGAACCAGGACACUAAAAAUAUUGUGGAGUCCUGACAGCUUUAUAGUCUUGGGUGUCAAAUGUUUUAUUUGAGAAGACUGUGAAAGUUUCUGUCAUUUCCUAUAUCUUAUCUUUUACAUGUGAUUGAAGGAAAAUACACUGAUAUUUGGCCACGAAGUUCAUUAAGUGAAAACAGAGUCCAUGAGUUUCAGUCAUUUCACUGCUCUUUUCAAAAAGAUUGCGUUGAGCUAAUAAAAAACUAAAGAUGUCACAAGACAUCACAGAUAUUUAUCUUUUGGCUUUGUGUACAUUAGAAAAUGUUGAUUAUUUUUAUACAAAAAUAUAGCGGGUAAUUUUUUUAAUCUUUAGAUGCCUCUUGUUUGAAUGUACGCUUUGUGGGAUUCUUUGUGUAGUUGUUUUUAAAAAAGAUGUUUACUGAUAGUCAUGUGUAGGGUUAGAAUGUGUAAUAUAAUGGAAGGCUCAUGUUCCAGACCCACAAUAGCUUAUAGUCUAUGUUACAUAUUUCUUUGUAUCACAGUUUUAAUUAUUGGAUUAAAGUUCAAGGAAAGGUAGGUACUCUACAGUUUUCAUUUAUUAGUAGUUAAUCAUCAGGACAUAAUUAUGAUGUGCUUUUCCCCUCAUCUUGCAAUUUCAGAACAUAAACAUAUGCUAAGCAGUAUUAAGAGAUUGUCCAUGUAUGGAGGGAGGGAGGCACAAAGGAAAAUCUCCCCUGGAAUUAAAACUUUAUUGUAGUUAAUCCACAAUUAAUAUAAAAUUGAUUUUUCAGGGAUAGCUCCUCUAGCAAUAAUUAUUCAUCUCCCAUAACUAUUUUGUUUAUAACCUUUAAGGUAUUAACUUUGAACUAUGUUGAAAGUUCCUUUUAUUUUCUUCUUCUACUAAUAUAAGUUGUUCUAAACUGGAAAACCUCUAUGCCCAGAGGAGUUUCUGUUGGAGAUUAUCUACUUAUGGUCCUUGUAAUUCUGUUGUAACCCACUCAGAACAUAGCUAGAAGAUAAACUUGCUUUUUUCAAGUGAAUUGAUUUAGAAAUGGCUCAUCUGCUUAUCAACUGGUAAUUCUCCCAUUGAUGCAGCUAUUUCUUUCUAGAUGAUUUAGUCUUCUUAAUUUCAAAGAUUUUUAUAGAUAAUGGAUAAAUAUGAUACUGAUUGUCCACCUCUCCUGAAGUUUAGGCAGCUUCACUAUGAUAUAUGUGGGGAGAGUGCUAUUGUUUUCAUUUCCUUUCAUAUUACUGAGGGUUUUAGGGUUUCGACUAGAGAGAAGGAAUAAUAAGCAAAAGGGAACAUGGGGGAUUCUUCCUAUUUUUGCUAUCUAAAUUUGCAUUUUUUAACUUCUGUAAACUGUUGCACUCUUUUCCCAUUGAGGGGGUGGGGGGAGAAAGACCAUAAUUUUGAAAUUUUAGUUGCUUUAAGCUUUGUGUUCCUAGUCAAAAACCUUGAAAGAGCUGGUUUGUAAAAAAGUUAUUUUUAUAUGACAUUAAUAUGCAUCAAGCUUUGUGUAGACAUGUGUAAAACACAGCUCUGCAGCUUUGAUAUAAUCAGUACAGUAAAAGACAGAGUUGUUGUCA